AUGCAUCAUUUGCACACCUUCCACGGAGAUCCCGAGCUGGGCACUCGCCCCCUCAAAGAUCGGCCUGACAGCUUGAAUAAAGCUAUAGAGGCUCUCGAGAAGUGGUAUGACAGUGAUAAGCCUUUCUUCACGAAGAAAGACCUGGAGAGCGUCUCCAACCAGCUCAAUCGCCGAUACAACACACGGCGAAAGAAGGAACAAAAGCAGUUGAUCUCUGUCAAGGGCCUCAGUGGCUCCAAAAUUUAUUAUGAAGUGAUGACUGGACAAGUCCUCGAAGAGGCGGCGAAGAACGAAGACUGGGAGAUACGUGAACCAAAGAUCCGAUACCUAUGCUAUGAACAACUCAUUUCGUCGUCAAAGUCAGAAGAUAUUGGACUGGUGGAAACCUUCUUUCCGUUGCAGAUUGAGCAUUUCAUGCUCGUACGCGCGAGCGACACAAAGUUGCCCAUCUUCAGCGACUACCUCGAGAACUCCUGGGAUGUCGAUGAGUAUCUCCAAUCUAUGCAGGUGUUCUGGAAGCACAGCCCUGAAUGGAAGAAACUCAAGUCACUUCUUAAGCUUCUCACCCUUCAUAAAAUCACCAAGGUUAUCGGUAUCGCAUCUGGAUCAAUGGAAUUUGGUCCCGACGAUAGAGACUGUGUCUAUCGCAGCGCCGUGCAACAUUCCCUGAUGAUCACUGUCAAGGAGUUCAUUGAAGAGAUGUCCAAAGAAAAGAUCAAAUGCUAUGCUCAGGAUCCUCGCUACACUGCCGUUGACACCUGGGCUCUUGCGCAGCAAGACUGCGAGGUUCUGGAAGACCCCAAAGCUUUACUUGAAAUUGACGACUACUGCAUUCUGUUUUCUUGCUGCCCCGCUCUUCCACUGAAAGAAAUCACUGUUGACUUUGCUCGGCCUGCUAUGCUGAUUUGGGAUCGAGUUGUCCCUGAACCAAAUCAUGGGUGCCAUAACCCAAACACCCCUCGUGUGCUGCGCAUGAUUGAAAACGAAUACGACUGCUAUGAGUUCUGGGAUUAUCACAAGGUUGCGGUUGCUCCCUUUAGGUCCGACCUUGCUGUUUACAUCCGCCGCCAGGAGGUGGAGUAA